CUGCAGAGGGGAGAGCAGGCAUUUUGGAGGAAAACGUACUCUAUCACGGGACGAAGCUGAACUGAACCAGGAGUUACAGCACCAAUAGAGUCAACCUGGAUUCUUCCUUUCCUCUCCUGGCUUGUCCAGUGAGCUGCUCUGCUUAACACACAUUGAGAUCUCCUUUUGAUCUCUGCACCUGUUCCAACUCGUCAGCCAGGUGAAGGGGAGGGAUUCUCUCUCCUCCUUCUCCCCUCUCUUCUCAUUCUCCCUUGUUCUCUCGGUUUCCGUGAUUGCUUUUUUUCAGUGGACCAUCCAGGAGAGUAGUGGGUUAAACUGCAGGACAAUUGGGCUGCUCUCCCUCGUUGUUCCUCCCUCCCCUCCUCCCUCCUCCCCCUAUGGGUCCAGCCCUGCCUUAGAUCGCUGUGAGUCUGGGUCAGGCUGUAGUUAGCAGUACGUGUCGUGCUCCAGAAUCUUCCUCACUGGACAGAAGGCGUGGAACACCUGAGUAGAAGCCUGAACAGGGUACUGACACGGAACACUGAGGGUAGACGUUCUGAGUAGCAUUCUGAGCUGUAGUGUAAUACAGGAUUGGAACACUCAGCUGGAACUCUUCUGCUGGACUUUGACUCUUUAGGCAGGCAGAGUUGGGAGGAUGGGAGGUCGUACUGCGCUGCUUUGUUUGGGUCUGCUUGCCCUGUGCUGUGUGCUGCUGCCCAGAGGAGGGGUCAGUGCAGGCAGCCUAGUCUCUUUAGGCCAGGAUGUGGACAAGAAAGGGAUGGAGGUCAUACAUGGAGAGGAAUCCCAGGAUGAGCUAGAUAAACAAGAGGAGCUUACGGAGACACAGACUGGCAAUGUACCGACAGCCACUGAGGAGGAUGUCCUACCAGCCAGGUUCAGGAGAGCACCAGCGGAGGAGGGCAAAGAGAAGAAAAAGAAGGACAAGAAGGACAGGAAGGAAAAGAAAAACAAGGACCCAAAAGAGCCCAAGGCUACCAAGAAACCCAAAGCAGACAAAAAGCAGAAAGAGAAAGGAGGCCGCAGAGGCAAGGACAAGGAGCCACGGAUAAAAACUACUCCACCACCCACAACCACACCACCUCCGACUACCACAACACCACCUCCGACUACCACCACACCACCUCCGACAACCACAGAGUUUUACACAGAACCAGCUGAUCCAUACCCAGACUACCCAGACAGUGAGGAUGACUACUGGAAGCUGAAUGAGGAGGAGGAGCCAACUACUGCAGAGACUGACCCCGAAGACGACUAUUGGACACCUGAGGAGGAGGAGCCUACCAACCCAGUGGACAACCCAGACGAUUAUUGGAAGGUAGAGGAGCCAACAACAGCCACCACAACAACAAUCACGUCCCCCUAUCCUGUGGGGAAUGAAGAGGUGGACCCAGAAGAAGACGACUAUUGGGAAGGCAAAUAUGACGACCCAGAGAAUCUUCCUUUCCCUGAUGGUAAAGAAGUUGUCCCCACUGAGAAAGAUGACUGGAGCUAUGCUGUCACAGACGAGGUGCCCAGGAAUAUUCCUUUUCCUGAAGCGAAAGAGAUCUUCCCCACAGAGAAAGAUGACUGGAGCUAUGUUAUCACAGAGGAGCCUGUUACACCACCACCUACCUAUGAAAGCCCCUGGUACGAGGAGUAUGACUACGGACAUAGCGGUGGACAGACCAAACAGGAGGAGGAGGAGCAGAAGGAGAGAGAGAGACAAAGGAAAGAAAAGGAGAGAGAGGAGAGAGAGAGAGCUCAGAAGAGGAGGGAGGAGGAGGAGAGGGCUAAGAAAAGACCACGCGUAUUCAAGGAGCCCAAAAAGUGUCCUCCCCUGGGAAUGGAGUCUCAUAAGAUAGAAUCAGACCAGCUGCUGGCCUCCUCCAUGUCUCAGUACCGCUACAGCCACACCAGGGCACGCCUCAACAUGCAGGCUUCGGAUAAUGAGGAGGACAUGAAUGGAGGGGCGUGGUGUCCUAAUCCAGAUGACAAGAUUCACUGGUUUGAGGUUGACGCUCGCAGAGCAACAGAGUUUACUGGGAUCAUAACACAAGGACGAGAUGCACGCAAUGAGAGUGACUUUGUGACAUCAUACUACGUGCAAUUCAGCAAUGACAGCAGGGAAUGGACAACCAUUCAUGAUGGUUACUCUGACUGGUUGUUUUUUGGUAACUCUGACAAGGACACGCCAGUGCUAAAUCAGUUAGCAGAGCCCAUUCUAGCACGCUACAUUAGAAUCAUCCCUCAGAGCUGGAACGGCAGUUGCUGUAUGAGGUUGGAGAUAAUGGGCUGCCCACUCCCUGACCCUGCCAGUGCAUACCAAAGGCUGCAAAAUGAGGUGACGCCGGUCCAGUACCUGGAAUUCAAACACCACAACUAUGCAGCCAUGGUUACGCUGAUGAAAUCUGUGACUGAGGAGUGUCCCAACAUCACCAGUAUGUACAGCCUGGGACGCAGUGCCAACGGACUGGACAUCCUGGCCAUAGUCAUAUCAAGCAACCCCACAGAACACGAGAUAGGUGAGCCAGAGUUCCGCUACACGGCCGGUCUCCAUGGAAACGAGGCAACGGGGCGGGAGAUGGUUCUCCUUUUGAUGCAAUACCUGUGUAAGGAGUAUAAGGACGGUAACCCCAGAGUGCGCCGCCUGGUGGAUGGAAUACGUAUCCACCUGGUACCCUCACUAAACCCUGAUGGACAGGAGAAGGCCCUGGCAGUGGGUUCGGAGCUGAGCGAUUGGACCACAGGCCACUGGACAGAGGACGGCCAUGACAUCUUCCAGAACUUUCCUGACCUCACCAGUGUUCUGUGGGAGGCAGAAGACAAGGGCAUGGUGCCCAAACUGACCCCCAAUCACCAUGUCAAGAUCCCUGAAGACCUGGAGGGGCACGACAAGAUGGCCAUGGAGACUCGAGCCAUCAUCUUGUGGAUGGAGAGCCACCCAUUCGUACUAGGGGCCAACUUCCAAGGUGGGGAGAGGUUUGCUUCGUACCCCUACGACAGUCACCGUCCAACCAAGACCGUCAGCACCAGUACAAGAGAGGGGUCACACAGCCGCAGGAAGAGACAGUAUGAGGAAGAGUAUGAAAGAGGAACAGAGUGGGAUAGGGGCUACGACCGCCAGGAGCCAGAGGAAGAGGACAGAUGGAACACAGGACACCAGCAGCCGGAAGAGGAGCGUUGGAACCGUGGAUACCAGGAGCCAGAACAGGAACAUUGGAACCGUGGAUACCAGGAGCCAGAACAGGAACAUUGGAACCGUGGAUACCAGGAGCCAGAACAGGAACGUUGGAACCAAGGAUACCAAGAGCCAGAACAGGAACGUUGGAACCAAGGAUACCAAGAGCCAGAACAGGAACGUUGGAACCAAGGAUACCAAGAGCCAGAACAGGAACGUUGGAACCAGGGAUACCCACAGCCAGAAGAGGAACAUUGGAACCAGGGAUACCAGGAACCAGACCGGGAGGAGUGGAGGGGACAUGGCUAUGGCCACAGAGAAGAGGAAGAGGAUGACAGAGGGAGGGGAGGAGCAGGCUAUGCCGAGCCUGAGGAUGAGCCCAGGGUCAUAGCAGACGCCUCCUUUUUCAGGUGGCUGGCCAUCUCCUAUGCUUCCACUCACCUGUCCAUGACUUACACCACCCACGGCUCCUGUCAUGGCGCUGACGUCACUGGGGGUUCCGGAAUCGUCAACCGCGCCAAGUGGAAGCCCGUCACAGGAAGUAUGAAUGACUUCAGCUACCUGCACACUAAUUGCCUGGAGCUGACUAUGUUCUUGGGCUGUGAUAAGUUCCCCCAUGAGAGCGAGCUAGUCAUUGAGUGGGAGAAGAACAGAGAGGCCAUGCUCACCUUCAUGGAGCAGGUCCAUCGAGGGAUAAGGGGCGUGGUGAAAGACAAGGAAGGGAACCCCAUCUCUAAUGCCACAGUGUCUGUGGAGGGAGUCAACCAUGACGUCACUACAGCCGUAACAGGGGAUUACUGGCGCUUGCUGAACCCUGGUGAGUACCGUGUGACCGCGCGGGCCGAAGGCUUCACCUCCCUGACCAAGCUGUGCGUGGUGGGGUACGAACAAGGGGCAACUACCUGUAGUUUCAACCUGGCCAAGUCCAAUUGGGACCGAAUCAAACAGAUUAUGGCCAUGCACGGCAACAAGCCCAUCCGCCUGCUCAGCCACGGCAACGUCGGAACACGUCGAAACACCAUCUCCGUUGUUAACCGGCCUGUGGUGCCAAACAGCGGCAUUGCCGUGGAUCCUGAGGCACGUCGCAUACGCCAGCGAAAGCUUAAGCUCGCCCGUCUCCGUCGUCUACGACAACAGAAACUGAUAUCGACAACGACGUUGCCCCCAACUACUACGACGACCACAACGGCUCCCACGACAACAAAGGCGGAGCCCACAACUGCUUGGUACGACUCGUGGUUUAUAGAUGAGGGGCAAACGUCAGCGCCGGAAGGUUUUACAGACUCCAUUUCUGAUUACAACUACGAGUACAAGUUUAAAGAGUAUUAAAUAUGAAACACAGGUGCACUUCGCAAGACCUCGCAUAUUACUCAACAGCACCCAUUCUUUUGAAAAAGCUGAUCGGAUAGGUCAUAAGAACAAUACAUGGAGAGAGAAAAAAAUAAUAAACAUCACAAUUGGCACAUCUGUAAAUGAUCUAAUGUGCAGAAAGUCUGGCCCACAAGCUAAUGUCGGCGCUAGCCGUCUGUAUUACACACAAAAAUGACAGUUUUAGAGUAGGAAAAUAGAAUUGCAUUUCAAAUCAACUGCAUUUCAAAUAGCAACAGAGUUGUUGCAAAGCUUUCCUUGAGAAUGGGCUUUAGAGAUGGUUUCAGAUCCUGGACUGUAAAUACCACCUCCACCUCUGAAGAAUCAAAACGAAGAAUACAAGUUUACUUUAUUUCUUAUAAAAGUGUGGAUUUAUUUACAUUAUUUUCACUAAUGAGAACAAAGCCAUAAUGCUGACAGACAGUAACUUGACAAAAUGUCUUUUGAAGGUUGAAAGAGAAACCAAGAGAGAUUUUCCUCUAGCUGAGGUAGAGAAAAGUUAUUUUUUCAAUGAAUAAAGGCUUGUUUAAGUACA